CUCGUCAGUCUUUGGGGGUGGGUCAGUGUGAGGCUUGUUAUACGGAAGGAGAGAGAACUCUGUUUUGUUGUAUGUAUGUGAAUGCUGCGUCUCUCAGGUUAAAUUAUUUUCUGUACUUUUACUUUGUUCAUAUAUUUAUUUCACUGAAAAGUCGUAUACAGUCUAAAGAGGUGAGACAGGUGGAAAGCAAGACUCGAAGAUAAAUAGAAUUAAAACUUUAAAGCGACAAAGCCGAGGCGAGUACAGGUUCUGAAGAGGAAAUGGUUUAGCAUCGCAUGAAGGACGUUUCCGAGAUGGAAUCUUUUUAUAUCAAACAGGAGUCCAGCGAGCCGCCAUCCGCACCCUUGAAGUGUGUUGUUUCAGAGGACUGGAGUGUUCAGAUCAAGGAAGAGGUGACAAGGGUGGCUGACAGUCCUGGGUACAUAACAACCGAGAGCACUGGAGACGACGAAGGCGAUAUUAAACAAGAGGAAACAUCACAGACCAGUAGCACUGUGACACUGGAUGUUAAAUCAGAACAUGGAUCGUAUCCCUGCCCUCACUGCAACUUCUCUUUUACUGGUGCCCAGUAUCUGGAGAAGCACACAAAGAUGGCACACAGAGAAGAAUACGUGAAGAUACUGAGAAACCAGGCCUCUUUGCACAGCACUGAAUAUGAUAAGAUUUUCAAUGACUUGGAAAGCCUCAAGAAAAACAAGAGAUUGCGCUUAGGAGGACCACCCUAUUACUGUAUUGAAUGCGGGAAUAGUUUCAGUCAGUUGGGAGCCCUUAAAAUACACAAGCGAAUUCACACAGGAGAAGCCCCUUUCCUGUGUACCGAAUGUGGGAAAAGCUUCAAGGCUUCAGGAGACCUGAAAAUACACCAGCGAAUUCACACAGGAGAGACACCAUAUCACUGUGCUGACUGUGGGAAAAGGUUCAGCCAGCUAGGGAGCUUCAGAAGCCACCAGAGGACUCACACAGGAGAAGCUCCGUAUUAUUGUUACGAUUGUGGGAAGAGUUUCAAGCAGCCAGGAAAUCUUAAAAAACACCAGCGAACCCACACAGGAGAGAGGCCGUAUCACUGUUUUCAAUGUGGGAAAAGUUUCAAGCAGUCGGGAGACCUGAAAAUACACCAGAGAAUUCACACAGGCGAGAGCCCAUACUGGUGUGCUGAAUGUGGGAAAAGAUACAAGGCUUCCAGGGACCUGAAAGUGCACCAGCGCGUUCACGCAGGAGAGAAACCGUAUCACUGCUCUGAAUGUGGGAAGAACUUCAGUCGGUGUAGGAGCCUUAAAAUCCAUCAGCGAAUUCACACUGGAGAAAACCCAUAUGACUGUACUGAUUGUGGGAAGAGUUUCCGGGUUUACAUGCAACUGAAGAAACACCAGCGAAUACACACAGGAGAGACAAAAACCUUAUGACUGUUGUGAGUGUGGGAGAAGCUUCAAGCAGUCCCAACCCCUUAUAGCACACCAGAGGACACACACGGAAGAAACGUGUAUGUCUGUACUGAACGUGAGAGAAUUUUAAGCAGCUAAGAUCCUUUAAAAGACAUCAGAGAACUCACAAAGGAGAUAAUCUGUAAACAUAUACACUAUAUGGCAGUGGUACUUAAUUAUGGCCCUUGAGAUCCAUUCCAGUCCAGGUUUAUACUCCAAGAAGGUUCUAAAAUAGUUAAUUGAGCCUUCUAAGAGGCAAUUGUCUAAUUUAGGACCCGAUUGAUAUAAAACCUGGAUUUGAAUGGAUCUCAGGGGCCAGAUCUGAGUACCACUGCUGUACGGAAUACUUCUGCACCCUAUAAAUAAUUUUAUUUUAAAGGAAAGUAUUCAGUAUACGUGAAUAGAUAUUAGAAGUGUGUGAAACACUUCAUAUAUUAAUGUCUGAUUUCACAGACCGCAAAUACACUUGUCUUGGUACUUACAUAAGGUGUUAUUUGAGGCCCAGGAAAUCUAGUACUGUGUAGUUAGAGACAGAUUCAUUUUUAAGUGUAUUUAUGUUUUGUAUUGUUUUAAAUUAAUAUUCUUACUGGAAACAAUUAAAAUAAGUGACAAACCAAACUUGCCAUCACAGUAAAUAUUACAAAAAUGUCCACUCACAAGUUGUUUAACAUAUUGCAGUUUCUUAAUUUAAACCAACAUACAAUAUACCAUUCUUACUAUUCCUUGAUAAGAAACUGGAUUUAAAGAUUUUAUCUAUCAAUCUAUCAAUCUAUCUAUCUAUCUAUCUAUCUAUCUAUCUAUCUAUAUAUAGAUAUAUAAAUUAGGGGUUUUUACCGAAUAUAAAUUCGUAUUAAGAUAUGCACAAAUAAUUGGUCUUCUUCCUAAUAUUAGUAAUGGCCAAAUAGUGACUUUCAUUUUUAUGAAUAUUAGGCCGUAUUCGUUGCAAAUGAAGUGUUUGAAAUCAGUGAGAAUUGAGAGCCUCUCAUUUCAACCACGCCUCCCUCUGCAGUCUGUGACACUGGAAGCCAAUCAGUGUGGGGAAGAAGGGUACAGAGUCAGUGCUUCAGUUCAUUCGAUUCGAGAGCGCUGUAUAGGGAAAAGUAAAGUGGAAUUGUGCUUAAAUUUGUUUCACUGUGUCAAGAAAAAAGACUUGUGUUGUCGUAAUUUAAAUAAAAUAGUGUUUUUGGAGGGGGUAGGAGCUUUGAAGUUUUUUUAAACGUUGUGAAAAUAUAAUUAAUAUUUUUGUAACCAGCUUAGCAAGACGAUGGUCUCUGUGUAUCGUGCACAGUUGCAGCACUAGGCUCCAGUUUGGAGCUGCACUGCAGGCUGUGUGAAAGAGGAAAAACGCUGUCUUACUGAUGGUUGGGAUUUUAGAAGAGUGUUUAUUCGAUUUUAAAAAACUUUAAGGGGCAAACAUAAAGGGGCAUUACGUCAUCAAAAAUACAAAAAGAAAGCGAAGCGCCCUACUUAUAGUAGAGCUUUGUUACAAAAUACAGCACAGGACUGGACUGCACAGUAUAUAUUAUACACAGUAGAAGUGAAGUUUGCAUGGGUGUUGCAUAGAAAACUGCACAUUGUUGCAUUGUUUUGUCACUCAGGACAUUUUUACAUUGUAAAUAAGUGUAAAUAAACGAGUUUUAAACAACUUCUGGGUUUGCCCCUUCCCACUUCCAGUUUGACGAAUACAAACAUGAGUACUAAUAGUAUGGGCACGAAUACAGAUACAGAUACUGGCUCUAUGUACCACCCCUAAUAUACAGUGCCUUGCGAAAGUAUUCGGCCCCCUUGAACUUUGCGACCUUUUGCCACAUUUCAGGCUUC